AUGGAGCCUAUGGAUCCAUGGUACAAAGGAUUCAGAGGACACAUUGAGAAACCAUCAGCAAAAGAAGGCGGGGUUAGUUACACUAUCUGUGGAGUUAUAGAGGAAGUCAAUGAAACUACACUCAGGAUUACAGAGCUACCAAUCCGCAAGUGGACUCAAGAUUACAAGGANGGCGGGGUUAGUUACACUAUCUGUGGAGUUAUAGAGGAAGUCAAUGAAACUACACUCAGGAUUACAGAGCUACCAAUCCGCAAGUGGACUCAAGAUUACAAGGAAUUUCUGGAAUCAAUCAUGACCGGGAAUGAUAAGAUAAAGGAUCCAUUUAUCAAGGACUAUAGGGAGCAUAAUGAUGAAAAUACUGUACAUUUCGAAGUUAUAUUGUUUGAGGAGAACUUGAUCUUGGCCAAGCAAGAGGGGUUGCUGAAGAAAUUCAAGCUAACCACUACUAUAAGCACAAUUCUUGACGAAUUCUUUCAUAUAAGGCUGGAGUUUUAUGAGGAAAGAAAGAAAGUUCUGCAGGACAAUCUCGAAAUGGAGCUGUUGAAACUUGACAACAAGGUUAGGUUUAUUCUGGGGGUUUUGGAAGGCAAGAUCAUUGUGAGCGACAGGAAGAGAGCAGAUUUGUUUGUUGAAUUGAAGGAAAAAGGUUUCACUCCUUUCCCCCAAAAAACCAAAACUGUGCAAGGUGUGGUUGCUGGGGCAACUGAUGAUGUAGAAGAACUUAAGGAGAAUUCUGAGACAGUAACCAGCAAAGGUGUACACGCGAGUGAUUAUGAGUACUUGUUGUCAAUGGCAAUUGGGACCUUGACACUUGAGAAGGUUCAGGAGCUAUGUGCUGAUAGAGAUAAGCUCAACGAAGAGGUUGAUGAUUUGAGAAAGGCAACUCCAAAAUCUAUGUGGACGAAAGAUCUUGAUGCUCUUGAAAGAGAGCUUGAUGAGCAAGACAAGAGUGAUGUCCAGGCAGAGGUGGCUAGAAAGGCAAUGAAAAGCAAGGUGAUGACUGAAGCUGGUCUUAAAGCCUCAAAACAAGCACCAAAAAAUCCACGGAAGAAUACUAAGAAGGGUAGCCAUCCAGAAUCCAUUUCUGAACCAUCAAAAACAUUAGCUACAUCUGUAAUCGAAACUGAUAUUGUUCCUGAGGUGGUGAAACCUAAAGGCAAACCAGGUUCAAAGAAAGCUCCUGUUAAAAAGGGAAAAUCUUCUUUGGUGGUUCCUGAAGAUGACGAUGAUGAAAUACUUGAGCUAAAAGAACGACUUGCUGCUUACAACCUCCACUCUUCCCCUGAUCACUCAGAAGCCAUGGAAACCGAAGUGCCUCAAGUGCAGGACAGGAAGAAAGAAAUCAGCAGAAGGGCUGCUGCACAGAAGAAGCCUUUGUCAACCCUCACAGAGAUUUCGGACGACAAUGACAUCAGUGAUGAAGAUUUUGAACUAGAAGUGGUGACCGCACCAGAAGAGCAAAAGAAGGGAGGAAGAAAAGUGACAGAAUGCGAAGGCAGCCAAACCCACUGCAGCAACAAAGAAAAGAGGGCCUGCUAGUAAGCAAUCUCAGUUAACGGGACAGAAACUGAUAACGGAAGUCUUUGAAGCUUGCAGAGAAGAAUUCAGGCACCUCACCUCAGAAAAAGGUGACGAAGAUGAGAGCAUCUCCAUUCAACAAGAAAAGUGGUUCCAUGUUGGGAAGGAUUGGUAAAGAAGCUGAGGAAAGGAUUGCACUGGAAAGUGAAAAACAACAAGGGAGCUCAGCUUCUAAUUCAGACAGUGCUGAAGAGAUGAAUGAAGCUGUGGCUCCAAGAGCUAGACCACAGAGGGUGAACCGUGGAAAGGCAAGGUAUGUUCUAAGUGAUUCCGAGAGCCGAUAAAGCCACUGAUGAUUCUGAAUUCAAUGAAGAUGAAGAUUCGGUCUUUUCUUGGUUCAGGCUAGAUCACUAAAAUUAGUGAGAAACGGGAAUUAGAACUCAUUUCCUGUACUUCAUUUCAUAUCAAGGCAUAGACACAAGUGUUGCGAAUGCAGUGAUUGUAUUAAAAAAAAGGAUUACUAAUUUACACCUUAUUUGUAUGAUU